GAAGGACCAGCUCUCCGGCAAGAGCGUCAGCACCAUCAUGGACACCUCCAACGGCGGCAGCUGGCUGCGGGUCUUCCAGCCGGCCACUUACAGGUGCUUCGUGCAGCAAGAGCUCACGGCUCAAUUCAACUCCCAGAGCAAUGUGGAUCCACUGAAGUUUCUAAGCCCAGGAAAGUCUGAACAACAACCAGAGGCAAAGGAGACCCAGAAAGAAAAAGCCAACUCUGUCCUUAAGGGGCUGAGCGUGAUGAUGCUCGUGGGCACGGUCUUGACUCUGCUGGGGUGUCUGCGCAAACAGUUCCGCUUUUCCCGGAGCCAGAAGAGAAACAAGAUGUUGUUGGUGAAAUAAAGUUAGCCCUUUGGGUCGUGGA